CUAUAUAAAUUGUUCCAUCCAUUCCAUAACUUGUAUACAUUCAUUUUCUUGUCUUUCCAAAAUGGAUUCGAUCCUCAUCACCAUUGUAUUUCUCCUUCUCUUAAUGAGUAGUGAAGCACGUGACCCUUUUGCAUGUGACCCAAAAAACACCUCCACAAAUAACUUUCCAUUUUGCAAGGCAUCACUGCCUAUACCAACAAGGGUGAAUGACCUCAUUGGAAGAUUGACAUUGCAAGAAAAGGUUAGCAUGUUGGUGAACAAUGCUGCCGCGGUUCCAAGGGUUGGGAUCAAAGGCUAUGAGUGGUGGUCAGAGGCUCUUCAUGGAGUUUCAAAUGUGGGACCAGGAACUAAGUUUGCUGGCCAAUUCCCAGCUGCCACUAGCUUCCCUCAAGUCAUCACUACCGUUGCUUCAUUCAAUGCUUCCUUGUGGGAAGCAAUUGGACGGGUUGCUUCGGACGAAGCAAGGGCAAUGUACAACGGAGGAACGGCAGGGUUGACAUAUUGGAGUCCAAAUGUGAACAUUUUUCGGGACCCACGAUGGGGUCGUGGACAGGAGACUCCCGGUGAGGAUCCAAUUCUAGCAGGUAAAUACGCUGCCAGUUAUGUGAGAGGACUACAGGGAACAGACAGUAGCCGGUUAAAGGUGGCUGCUUCAUGUAAACACUUUACCGCUUAUGAUCUCGAUAAUUGGAAUGGUGUGGAUCGCUUUCACUUUAAUGCAAAGGUUAGCAAACAGGACAUGGAAGACACGUUCAAUGUGCCAUUUAGGAUGUGUGUGAAGGAAGGUAAUGUGGCUAGUGUGAUGUGUUCUUACAAUCAGGUUAAUGGUGUCCCUACUUGUGCUGACCCCAAUCUUCUAAAGAGAACAAUUCGUGGUCAAUGGCAUCUUGAUGGGUACAUUGUAUCAGAUUGUGACUCUGUUGGGGUAUUUUACACUAACCAACAUUAUACAUCAACACCAGAAGAAGCUGCUGCUGAUGCCAUUAAAGCAGGUUUGGAUUUGGAUUGUGGACCUUUCCUUGCACAACAUACCCAAAAUGCUGUUAAAAAAGGCCUGUUAACCGAAACUGAUGUAAAUGGUGCUUUGGCAAACACACUUACAGUCCAAAUGAGGUUAGGAAUGUUUGAUGGUGAGCCAUCAGCUCAACCAUAUGGCAACCUUGGUCCAACUGAUGUGUGCACUCCAACUCACCAAGAGCUAGCUCUUGAUGCUGCAAGACAAGGAAUUGUGCUUCUUAAGAACACUGGUCCUUCUUUGCCUCUCUCCACAAAGAAUCAUCAGACUGUGGCAGUAAUUGGGCCUAAUUCUAAUGCUACUGUCACCAUGAUCGGCAACUAUGCUGGUAUUGCUUGUGGAUACACAAGUCCACUACAAGGAAUAGGGAAAUAUGCAAGGACUAUUCACGAGCCCGGUUGUGCGAAUGUGGCAUGCAAUGAUGAUAAACAAUUUGGGUCGGCUCUAAAUGCAGCCCGUCAAGCGGAUGCUACUGUUCUAGUGAUGGGAUUGGAUCAGUCAAUUGAGGCUGAAAUGGUAGAUAGGACUGGUUUACUUCUUCCUGGACAUCAACAAGACCUUGUUUCAAAGGUAGCGGCUGCCUCGAGAGGCCCAACCAUUUUGGUCUUAAUGUCUGGUGGGCCUAUAGAUAUAACUUUUGCAAAGAAUGAUCCUCGAAUUAUGGGCAUUUUGUGGGCUGGUUAUCCUGGUCAAGCCGGUGGUGCUGCCAUUGCGGAUAUAUUGUUUGGAACCACUAACCCAGGAGCUAAGCUACCUAUGACAUGGUACCCACAAGGUUACCUCAAAAACUUGGCAAUGACAAAUAUGGCAAUGAGACCAAGCUCAUCCACAGGGUACCCUGGGAGAACCUAUCGUUUUUACAACGGCCCUGUGGUAUAUCCAUUUGGUUACGGAUUAUCUUACACAAACUUUGUUCACACAUUAGCUAGUGCACCAAAAGUGGUGUCAGUUCCAGUAGACGGACACCGCCGUGGAAACAGCUCAAACAAAGCAGCAAUUAGAGUGACACAUGCACGAUGUGGCAAGCUUUCAAUUAGACUUGACAUUGAUGUUAAAAACGUUGGUUCAAAAGAUGGUACUAACACUUUGUUGGUGUUCUCAGUACCACCUACAGGUAAUGGUCAUUGGGCACCACAGAAGCAACUAGUGGCUUUUGAGAAAGUUUAUGUUCCUGCUAAGGCUCAGCAACGAGUGAGGAUCAAUAUUCAUGUAUGUAAGCUUUUGAGUGUGGUUGAUAAGUCUGGGACUAGGAGAAUUCCAAUGGGAGCACAUAGUAUUCACAUUGGUGAUGUUAAACAUUUUGUAUCACUUCAAGAACAAAAACUAGGGAUCAUCAAGACCUGAAUUUUUUUUUAUGGGGACGCAUUUAGAAUGUCUUCUAAUUGAUCUCAAUAUAUACUACUAAGGUAAGUGUAUAAUAGAUCAAUAGUAUGCCAGGGAUUACAUAUAUAUAUAGUUUCCACUGAUUGUGUGGGGUUUGGUCAUAUCCAAAGACAGAACAUAUUAUAUUGAUUCAUCAAUGACAAUCAAAUAAUGUACUGUGUACUUUUUUUUGUCUAUGUUACGAUUAAUGUAGGACAUUAGUUUAUAUUUCUUCUGUUAAUGUAAUUGUAAGAUUGAUAAUGGUAAUAAACAUAUGGGAUUCACAUCAUGUUCA